CAGGCAGAGAGCCGGCCAGCGGCCGAGGGCAGGAGAGCUGGGAUAUCACACGGAUGCAGCAGGGCCGUGGUGGGAGGGCAGGACAAUGGGAUCUCUCCACCACAUCUUGGUUCUCUGUGUGGGUUUCCUCGCCAUGGCCAAUGCAGAGGCUCCACAGGAACACGAUCCAUUCACCUAUGACUACAAAACCCUGCGGAUCGGAGGCCUCAUCAUCGCCGGGAUCCUCUUCAUUCUGGGUAUCCUCAUCGUCCUGAGCAGAAGAUGCCGGUGCAAAUUCAACCAGCAGCAGAGGACUGGGGAACCGGAUGAAGAGGAGGGAACUUUCCGCAGCUCCAUCCGCCGUCUGUCCACCCGCAGGCGGUAGAGACACCUGGCGCGAUGGAACCCAGCCAGGUCCUGCAGCUCGGGCUAGGCUGGGGGAGGGGGGCAGGAGAAGGGGACGAAGGGUGGGAUGAGAUGGCUGGGGGGCUCUGUUGCCCCUCACCCUUUUCACCCCCACAGGAUUCCCCUGGCACCUGGCGCCUCCCACCCACCACCUGAGCACCACCACCACCUGGACUGCCCUCUUCCCCAGCCCUGCCCCCACAGACUCCUCUCUGCCGCCGAGACUUCAAUAAAACGUGCUUUUCUCUCUCGA